AUGGGAAUUCGACAUGGACAAGGUAUCGCCAUAGCGUGCAACACGCGCUUCCCUUAAAGGUUAUCAAGCACGAAUUUCACAUCCAUGAAAUUCAAAUGAAAAAAAAAUUAGGAGCCAGAUGACAGGAUUCGGUUUUUGGUUGCUAAGUUGCAAACUCAACAACCAAUUUUAAGUAAAAGCGAUUGCCGUUCGAGCUGUUUCGCCAUUGUAUAAGAAGAGGAUCAUGCACAUCCGUCCAUAUUGUAAUCAACCAACGGUGGCGUCUGGUUGACUUCAACGUUAUCCAGUACGAUUGAUCAAAAUGAAAGAAACCGGCUCACAACGAAGCAAGGCAGGAGUUACUAUUUUUACUCUGAGUUCCGUGCAUCUACUAUUGGCCGUUUUUACGAUGAUGCUUCUGAUAACGAAUGCCGACUUGUCAAAGAAAACACAUUUGACUGGUCGUCACUUCAAUUUUUUAAUUUUUGAUCAACCACCUUUCGAUACUUUAAAGCGAGGACCGAAUGGCACCUACACUUGGACUGGAUCGGACCGUUAUUUGGUCGAAUGGCUAUCAGCAAAAUUAAACUUUACGUAUUCUUUAGUACUAAUUAAUCAGACUAUUGCGAAUAUGUACGGGACGCACGAGGGUUUGUUUUAUCAACUCAUAAAUGAAGAGGGUAUCGAUGGCGUUGCGUGCUCCUUCUACUUAACGAUGGAUCGUGUAACAAGGAUGGACUAUACUUUCCUGACAUGGGGGGAUGGAUUUAGCCUUGUUGUGCCAAGACCAGGAGAAGAAAACAGAUUAUUUGCGUUCGUCGGUCCAUUUCAACCAACGGUUUGGUUGUUAAUCUUUAUUAGCGUUUUCGUCGUAGUCAGCGUGAUGACGUUUUUUUCUUGGAUAUAUCAACGGAAUGUCAAGGACUCUUUGAGUUCAUCUACCAUUGAUUCAGAAUCGAACAGCCUACCCAAAGGAGUAAGCAAUAUUUCCAAGAAAAAAAGUGUUUUUACUUCAUUUGGAUUUCAUAUGAUCUAUGUGGUGAAUAUCUUGACGAAUCAAGGGGGGAGUGAAGCUUUCCGUUAUUUGUCGUUUCGAAUUAUGACGGGAAUUUGGGUUCUUUGCGCAACGGUGCUAGUUAAUUCUUAUACUGGAAUUGUCAUUUCAUCGCUUACAAAGCCACGUAUGAAACCCACCAUCAACUCGUUCGAGGAUUUGGCAGCAAGUAAAGAAAUUUUAAUAGUUCUUAGGCACGACACGGUUAUGGGAGAACAGAUAUUGAAAGCGACCUCUGGUGUUUAUAAGAUUCUUGGAGAUCAAGCCCGUAGCAAUCCUGAUCACAUUGUUGGCGAUCCAUUUAAGUUAAACGCAUUGUUGGAAACCGGUCGAUAUGCUUAUCCGUUUCUUUCAACAUUUGGCUAUUCGUUUGUCGGUUCACAAUAUAAAAAAGAAAAAAAAUGCCGAUUCAAGACAUCGAGAACUCUUUCCGCAUCAACUGGUUAUUAUUCAUUCCUCUUCAAGAAGGGAAGUUCUCACACAUCGGUGAUGAGCAGAGCUUUAAUGGACUUGUUUGAGUUUGGCCUUCUUCGUCACUGGGUGUACAACCUACCUACAAUACCGAGGGCGGAGAAGUGUUUCGCAGACUCUAAAAGCGAAGUCGCUCGCGAAGUUCCGAUCCAACUCAGUGACCUAACAAGCGCAUUUUUAAUUCUAGGCAUUGGUACUGGACUUGGAUUCUUGACGUUUUUGGUUGAACAGAUUUAUUCCAACUAUAAAAAGCACAGACAUCGUUAGUUGGCGUUAAUUAAAAAAAAACAAAAAAACUUCAGUUUGAUGGUAAGCUUGCUUA